UGCGCACGCGGGCCGCCGACCGGCAGCGGCGGGGCGAGCGCACCAAGAUGGCGGCGGCCGAGGGCGGCGGGGCGCGGCCGGACACGGCGGUGCAGCGGGCAGAGCUGCGGGCGCUGCUGGCCACGGCGCUGCGGCCGGGGGAGGCCUGGUACCUGGUGGACAUCUGCUGGUUUAAGCAGUGGAAGAAGUUCGUGGGCUUCGACAGCUGGGACAUGUUCGGCGUGGGCGACCCGAGCCUUUUCCCCGGGCCCGUGGACAACUCGGGGCUCUUCAGCGAUGCAGAGACGCAGAGCUUAAAAGAACACCUCAUCGACGAGCUAGACUACGUGCUGGUUCCCGCUGAAGCCUGGAAUAAAUUGGUAGCGUGGUAUGGCUGCAUAGAUGGACAGCAGCCUAUUGUGAGAAAAGUAGUAGAAUACGGUCUGUUUGUGAAGCACUGUAAAGUUGAAGUUUAUCUUCUUGAACUGAAGCUGUGUGAGAGCAGUGAUCCUGACAACGUAAUCAGCUGCCACUUCAGCAAAGCGGAUACCGUCGCCACUAUUGAGAAAGAAAUGAGAAAACUAUUUAACAUCCCAGCUGAGAAGGAAACUAGGUUAUGGAACAGGUAUAUGAGUAACACUUUUGAGCAGCUCAGCAAGCUGGAUAGCACUGUGCAAGAUGCGGGCCUGUAUCAUGGGCAGAUUGUUCUAAUAGAAGUGAAAAAUGAAGAUGACACCUGGCCUAGACAGCAUUUCCUGGCAAAAUCAAGCACUGCAACUAGCAGAAACUUUACUACCUCUUCAAAAUCAUCAGCAAGUUCUUAUUCCUCAGUGUCUGCCACUUCUGUCAUUACUAAUGGUGAUAGCAGUAACUCCUAUGGACUGAACAGCUCCCACCUGGGCAGGGGAGGUUCUGGAUUUGUCUGCAACUCUUACAACUGCGAGGACUCUGCUUCCCUGUCACAACCUGGACUUUGUGGACUCAGUAACCUUGGGAAUACCUGCUUCAUGAAUUCUGCGUUACAGUGUCUGAGCAAUACCCCUCCUCUGACUGACUAUUUCCUGGAAGAUAAAUACGAAGCUGAAAUAAAUCAGAACAAUCCCCUGGGGAUGAGAGGAGAAAUUGCAGAAGCCUAUGCAGAGCUCAUUAAACAGAUUUGGUCUGGGAGACAGUCUCACGUGGCCCCACGUAUGUUUAAAACACAGGUUGGCCGGUUUGCUCCUCAGUUUUCAGGAUACCAGCAACAAGAUUCCCAGGAGCUGUUGGCUUUUCUUCUGGAUGGUUUGCAUGAGGAUUUGAAUAGAGUGAAGAAGAAGCCCUACUUGGAGCUGAAGGAUGCUAAUGGCAGACCUGAUUCGGUGGUAGCAAAAGAGGCCUGGGAGAACCAUAGGCUGAGGAAUGAUUCUAUCAUUGUGGAUAUUUUUCACGGUCUCUUCAAAUCUACACUUGUUUGUCCCAAGUGCUCUAAAGUUUCUGUGACCUUUGAUCCCUUCUGUUACCUAACCCUUCCACUGCCUUUGAGGAGAGAUCGUCUCAUGGAAGUUACCCUGGUAUACGCAGACCCACAGCGCAGACCUGUCCAGUACCGGGUCGUGGUGCCAAUGAUGGGGGCCAUCUCAGAUCUGUGUGAAUCACUCUCCAAAAUUUCUGGGGUUCCUGCAGAAAAUAUGGUGGUGACAGACGUGUAUAAUCAUCGAUUCCACAAAAUCUUCCAAAUGGAUGAAGGUUUAAAUCAUAUCAUGCCAAAAGACGACAUCUUUGUAUACGAAGUUUGCAAGCCAAGCGAGGAUGGCUCAGAGUAUGUUACUCUCUCCGUUUACUUUCGGGAAAAGACAGUGAGGCAAUCCAGCAAUACUUCAGGCACCGUUCUGUUUGGGCAGCCGCUGCUGAUAUCUGUGCCGAAACACAAGCUCACUGUGGAUCACUUGUACGUUGUAGUUUUGGAGCAGAUCAGUCGCUACGUGAAACUCCCCUUGGCAGAAGAAUACUCUACGCCCUGUCCAGACAAAGGAACCUGCAACGGCUCCAGUGGUGUGGCUGAAGGUGACAUUGAAGAGAUGGACCAUCAGGAUGGCGGACAGGAAGCCAAGGAAAAGUUGACAGAAAUUGAAUGCCACUCUGAUGGUUGCAUGCAGAUUGAGUCAAUGAGGGACGUGCAGCCUUGCAAGAAGCAGCAUUUCACUUUUAGCCUUGUGAAUUCGUAUGGGACCUCUGAGAUAAACUCCAUCGUGGAGGGAAAGAUCUUGAAAUUGAAUGCUUUUUCUACACUUGCUAUUGACUGGGAUUCUGAUACGCGGAGGCUACUCUUUGAUGAACAGGAGGCACAGGCAUUUGAAAAGCAUUCAAGUUUGUUACAACCACAGAAGAAGAAGGCUGUGGUAGCUCUCAGAGACUGCAUAGAGCUCUUUACUACUAUGGAAACGCUCGGUGAACAUGACCCUUGGUACUGCCCUAACUGUAAGAAACAUCAACAGGCCACAAAGAAGUUUGACUUGUGGUCUUUGCCCAAGAUUUUGGUAGUUCAUUUAAAACGCUUCUCGUACAGCAGAUACUGGAGGGAUAAACUUGACACUGUUGUUGAAUUCCCUAUCAGGGGUUUAAACAUGUCUGAGUUUGUCUGUGAUCCAAGAAGAGGCUCGUAUGUCUAUGACCUCAUUGCAGUUUCCAAUCACUAUGGAGCCAUGGGAGUAGGCCACUACACUGCCUAUGCCAAGAACAAAGUGAAUGACAAGUGGUACUACUUUGAUGACAGCAGCGUAUCCGUGGCUUCAGAAGACCAAAUAGUGACAAAAGCUGCAUAUGUGCUGUUUUAUCAGCGCCGAAACAGUGAAGAACAUAUUGCUCCAUCUCCUCCCCAAGAAGAGUGUGAUGGCAUGGAUACCAACUAAGCGUCGCAAUCGCCCCCCGCCCAGCACUCGCCCACCGUGUUAGCGGUCACUCUUCUAAAGCUAUGUCUGAGGCAUCUGAAAUUUUUCCUUCCUUCUGUAGGAUUUGAGCAGAAAACAUAGCACUGAAAGAUUCAGUGCUUGGGAUUGCAGAAUAGCACUGGAGAGUCAGGAAUAGGUGCUGACAGUUGUAUAUUUAGAGGCCAAAAAUAACAUAUAUUGGAGCUUUGAUAAAGUUCUUUUUUAAAAUCUGGCUGAGCUGUGUGGCUAGAGGCAGAGGUCAGGGUUGGGCCAGGCUGAGGGCUGUAGUUGGGGUUGGGGAGAGUAGGAAUUGGAGGUCACAGCUGAAUAUUGUGGGGCCCGUGGAGUGGCAGGUAAGAUUCUCUGAAUUGGUAACGGGGGCUUCCUGUAAAUCCUCUGAUGUUGCUGAUGCCCCAGGCCCCCCUGCCCCAUGCCAAGGAGGUGCUUGCACCCUUUCUGGAAGCUCUCAGUUCGAAUCUACGUCCCUCUGGCUUGCCUGUUGCCAUCUCUGCCGUUGUACUUCGGUUCCCUUGCCAAGCAUCAAGAGUUUCUCCUUCUUGCAUCCUUUCAUCUGCUGAUGCAUUUCAGAACCUUCUGGGCAGUUUUGACUCAGCCUUGUAAAUGUGAACACCGAAUCCUGCCAUGUGGGUAAUUUUACUGGAAGUAAGUUGUACCUGGCCGCGUGGUUGGUGCAUGCGUGGGCUUGUCUGCACAGUGGCUGCAGGAUACGGCUCCUAGACCUCUGGCUCCUAUUCUUCACUAAAGAAAAUAUCACGUGUGAGGCUGUCCACUUCUUGUCCUCUCAAUCGAUCUCCUACAUCCUUCAUGUCACCUUUAGGCCGCUCUAAGGACUUUCCUGCCUCCACCACUUCUCCAUGGUUUGUGUGGUUGCAGCACUUUUAUUUUUUAUUUUUAGCUCAUUUGUCCCCUUGGAGCUUUUACUCUGGUAAGGCUCAGCUCUGUGUCCCAAAGCUGUCGCCUGUAAGGAUGCUAGCCCAGUGCAAUGGAUUGUGUGAGGUUUUGUCCUUUUCUCGUGACUUUUCUUUUGCAUUGUUCUUUCAGCAUUUGUCCUCUUCCGUUGGAUGUCACCCACCCUAACAUCUUCUGAGAGGCUGCAGGUGUAAAGGUCCUGGCCACAGUUUCCCUUUGCCAUAGCUGCUCAGUUGUUCUGCUCCAUCUUUCCAACACAACUGGCAAAUGCUCUUCCUGCUCCACCUUUACCCGAACCGUCUCUGUUAUUUGCAGGAAUUGAGUCCAGCUUUGCUCUUGAGUGAGGGCUCCGGUGAACCCUAGGUAGGGUCAGUCCUCAACAGAGAACUGAUAUUCCCAUGAAAAAUAGGAAAAAUCUAGUCUGAAUCUGUGGUUUUGAGGGUAAGUUCUAGCUCAAGGUGGCGAACCACACAGGAGGGUUUUUUCCUUCUUGGAGCCAAGUGCAUUGGCAGAACCAAAGGCUAAGAAAGACUAUUGCCUCGCAAAGGCUUGUUCCCUCCCCCCCCCAACAAAACGUGUUCCUGCAGUCACACUCUCCUCUCCGCACGGUUCUUGCAGCUUCACUGCUGGCCAUGACUGUCCUGUCAACAUAACAGCAGUCAUCGUUUAACUCCGGGCACACCAGCUCAGCUCCCUUUCCGCUUCUCUCAGCAACAAGCCCCAUAGGAAGUUGUCGUGUGCCAGUCCCUAGACUUCUGCGCUGCAGCCGUGCAAAAGCACAGCUGGCUGCUUGCUGUCUUGUCCUGAUCCAGGCAGUGGGAUGGGAGGGCAGCACCUAUGGCUCCUUAGCCAGGGCACGAGAAUGUCUUGGUAAGAGGAGGAGGGAGGACUGGGAGGCCUGUCUCUAGCUGUCACAUUAGUAUUAUGAUCCUGUUCUGCAGAAUUUUGCUUUUAAAGCAUUGAAAUUUGAGUUUAGAGUUCAGAAUUGUUUAUUUGCUUCUGCUGUUCUGUUUUUUUGGGUUGUUUGGGAUUUUUACAACUCUUAAUAUUUUAUUUCUGUUCUUUCCUCGUUACUGAGGGGAGCAUCCAAAAAUCAAAUUUUAAGCUGUAGCACUGCACUGAAUUACUCUGAUCAGCAUUUUUGUUAGUUUUACCCUGAAAGAAAGUCACGCGGGCAUUCCAAAAUGGGGGGGAGAGGAAAGGGGAUUAAAAGACCUUUUUAACGGAAAGAUCUAUCUGAAAUAGCCUUUGUUCUCCUCUUUACUUCCUUUCCUGUGCUGACACUAAGAAAUGUGUCAGUGGGGCUAAAUCUGAUGCUCAGAUGCUGAACAGACUCCGUUGUACUGCAGAAAAAGUGGCCCAGCUCUUACCUUCUCUGACUCUGAGCUGAUGGGCUUAGGCUGGUGUGUGUCUUCUGUAAUACCAGACCUGUUUUUUAGACUAGCACUUUGUAAGUGGCUGGCUCUAUUGUACAAAGAGGAAAAUUAAAGAGUGGUUUGCACUGAAA